AUGUAUUGGCUAACAAAAUUUUUAAUUUUAUUCUCCACUAUUGCAGUGAAUGCAAACUGUGUUUGCAAUAGUACUAUAGAUGGUAGCUUGAUUUACGAGGAAUUAGCUUGUAAAUCGGUAUUGGGAAGCAACAAUUGUACGACUUCAUACAACUGCUCAAAUCUUAAAGCCCCAAAAAAAGGUUGCUUGUUUCAUCGUACCGUUUAUAAGGAUGGUCAAGCUAUAAAUGAUGCACAUCCUUGUAAAAUUUGUUACUGCAAUGGAACAAAUAUAGUUUGCGAUCCACCUUUUUGCUGGAGGUUGGGACCCGGACCAGUUUUACCUGGAAAUUGUUACCACGUCAUCGAACUAAAUCGAUGUUGCCUAAUAACCAGAUGCCCUCCAUACAAACAUACGAAUAUUUGCGUGGUAAAUAACGUUCCGCACUUGGAAGGGCAAUCAUUUCAUCCUAUUAACACCUGUUUAGAGUGCGUAUGUCAGGCGGGAUUUGAUAACAAAUUGGUUGCGCCGUUCUGCAGGAAGAUGAGAUGCGAUGUGCAAAUAACUUACAAGAAAGAGAUCGAAAAUAGCUGUGCUCCACUCUACGACAUCAACUCUAAUAAGCUUUGCUGUCCGAGAAAUUUCGUUUGCCAAUCUGGUUCUAAAAUACAGAAUCUGGUGCGAUCAAAGAAAGAAACAGGCACCAAAUGUAAAUUUGGAUCGAAAUGGUUCAAUAAAAACGAUGCAUUUACUUUAGUUUACAAAAAUGAUGGUAAAAAGCGCACAGCUAAUUGCGUUUGUUCAUUACCUCCGUUUUUGACCUGUAAAGGUAAAAUUUAAUUCACAUUAGCUACAUACACUUAUUAUUGUAAUUUAGCAAUAAACUAUAUGAUAU